AUGAAAGAUAAACUAGAAGCUGGUUUGCAGAAAGGUGGUUCUUCUUAUGAGUCCUUGAAUGACUUGACAGAGUUUAUCUCCCAACUUCCAAGCAUGGUUCAAGAAGUUAAAGUUGAUGAUCCAGCAACUUCAGAAUUGGUUUACACUUCCAAAGUGACAAUUCUGAAAGUUGAUUUCAAUAGUCAACUGCACUACAAAGCAUGUCCAAAAUGUCAGAGAAAAGUGACAUUUGAAGGAUCUAAUUUUGUGUGCAAUGCUUGCAAUCAAAAUGUGGAGUAUCCUAAAUUGAGGUAUAUGUUAAAAGUCUUGGUAAGUGAUGCAACCGGUAGUGCUUGGUUUGUUAUAUUUGAUCAAGAGGCUGAAAGAAUAAUAGAACACAAACUUUCUUUUGUUCUUGAAGAAUUUAACAAGAUUGGUGGAACCGACAACCAAUACCAACCUGAAGCAUCUUCUUCCCAGAUCCCAAUUAGUAUAACAGAUGAUUCUAAUCAACAACAUUUCAAUACACUUCAUAUGAAUCAUUCAUCAGAGGGUUCAACAAAAACCACAGAGGAAGGGAAUCCUCAUAAAAAGAUUUGCAUGAGAAGGUAG